AUGGGAGCGCAGGUCCUACUGACGUCCGAGAUGCCCAGGAGCUCCCCGGACGACGAGAGGAAGGUGUCGUCCAACGAUCGCGACUGCGCAGUGCUCCUGACGGCGUCGGCCGCCCUACACGCCGUCGCCAAGGGGUCCGGCCCCGGAUUCGCGUGGAUGCGGCUAGGCGACGUCACCUUCUACAGUUGCUAUCUGUCGCCGAACUGCUCCAUCGCCGAGUUCGGGGAGCGGCUGGGGAGACUGGAGGCGUCUCUCCGGAACGUCACUCACGACACGGACAUCGUCGUGGGUGGCGAUUUCAACGCCAAGUCGGGAGACUGGGGCUCUGCGCUCGAGGACGCCCGGGGCAGGAUGCUGGUCGAAUGGGCAGCGGACCUCCGUCUCGUCGUCUCCAACGUCGGGGAUAGCCCGACGUUCCGGCGAGCGGGGUCCGAAUCCGUCAUCGACGUCACGUUCGCGCGGCUGCGAGACUCGUCGAGGGUCUCCGACUGGAGGGUGCUGGAGACCUUCAGCGACAGCGACCACCAGUACAUAUACUACGAUUUGAUUACUGGUGGUCAAUCGCGCGAACGGGCGGUGGAGAGCGGCCGCGUUAGUCGGGAAAAUCGACCGCCGGGCUGGUGUUGCCGGAAACUGGAUCCGGCGAGACUGGCCAAUUUUCUCGACGUGCGGCAGCCGGAGCUACCGGAGAACGUCGCCGCCGAAGAGGCGGCCGUUCUGCUCUCCGACUACUUGACGGAGGCGUGCGACGCGUCAAUGCCCAGGAGACCAGCGGAAGCGGGCGGUAGGCGACCGGUGCACUGGUGGUCCGAAGACAUCGCCCGGAUGCGGCGGGCGUGUCUGGCUUCUAGGAGACGGUACCAGAGGCACCGACGGCGGCAGCGAGGCGAAGAGGAAGAGGGUGAGCUGAGAGAAGCGUUCCGGGCGGCGAGGAAGGAGUUGUGCGUUGCGGUGCGGUCGGCACAAGAGGAGGGAUGGCGAAAGCUGUGCGCAGCUGUCGACAACGACCCGUGGGGACUGCCUUAUAAGUUGGUGUCAAAAAAGUUAAGGCGGAACCCACCGGGUGCGGAGGCGCGCGGCCACGAGGGCGCCAUCGCCGACCAUCUCUUCCCGCAGCUCCCCACGAUCGACUGGUCAACGGAACCGCGGCAACGGGACGAGGGCGGGGCCCACGAUCCCGGCGAAGAAGCGGUGCUCGACGGCGAUCCUUUUUCGCCGGCCGAGCUUCUCGAGGCGGCCCGGCGACUCCCGGCCGGGAAAGCUUCCGGACCCGACGGCGUACCGAACGAGGUGUUGCGGCGUGCGGUGCUCGCCAAGCCGCUGCUGUUCCUGCGGGUCUUCAACUCCUGCCUCCAGGAACAGGUCUUCCCGGCGGCUUGGAAGAGGGCGAAGCUGGUGCUGCUUCACAAGGGCCCCGGAAAGCCGGUCGCCGACCCGUCGAGCUUCAGGCCCCUGAGUUUGCUCAGCACCACGGGCAAGGUGAUGGAGAGGCUGCUGCUCACGCGGCUAAAUCAGCAUNAGAAGACGCCAUCGGGGCCGUACUGGAGACGGCGAGGGCAGCGGCGCGGGAGCGGGACUUGUGCGUCGUCGUCUCGCUCGACGUCCGAAACGCAUUCAACACCGCGCCGUGGGAGCGGAUCGACGCAGCUCUCGGAAAAAAGAGGAUCCCGGGCUACCUGUCCGGGAUAUUGAGAUCUUAUCUCUCGGACCGCUCCCUUUUGGUGCCCACCAUCUCCGAACCCAGGCCGGUGACUUGCGGCGUUCCGCAGGGGUCGGUACUAGGACCGGCACUGUGGAAC